UUAGGUCAAAUUUAUAAUUAAGUUUCCUAGGAAAAUAUUACUUUAACCUUAUUAGUGCAAUAUUUUAUUAUUCUAAGUAUUAAAACCAAUGUAGAUAUAUAUAUAUUGUGAUGUCUUGUUGUGGUAAUGAGUUAGUUUACAACUCAGUUAUUAGCGAAGUUGUAACAUCAAACUUAGUUGAAAUCGUAAAUCUAUUACAUAAAUUUAAUAGUUCUUUCUUUGCUUUUGGUGCUAUAAUUAUUGUUGGUUCGUUAGUGCUAUUCACGAGGCGAAGAAGUGUCAAGUUCCACGAGUGACUACUACAAUGAAAGCAACAGUGAUAUGUGUAUAUCAUUGAUAUAACUUUAUAAGGGCACCGGUUGUUGUAACUGUACCAGCGGGUGGGGAGGGUCCCAACGGCCUUGCACCCCAGGAAGACGCUAUGAAAGGCGUGGAGGCCACACCAGAGGAACAAGAACGGUUAGCUUCCGGAAAUAAUAAUGGCUCCCUCGACUGCAAACUUCCGCCCACCCAGCCUCGCUCCGUGUUUCACUCGACUCACGUGUUCAUGCUGGUUUUCCUCUCGGGUUGGGUGUUGCAGGGCAUGUUCCUCACUUAUUUCGUGAGUGUGACGACGACAGUUGAGAAGCUGUAUAAGGUGGAAUCAAAAACGACAGGGAUUCUACUGUCUGCGACGGAAAUUGGACAAAUAUGCACAGCGUUAUUUUUGACUUACUUAGCUGGCCGUGGACACAGGCCGAGAUGGAUUGGUUGCAUGAUGAUCGUUCUAGCAAUAGGAGUUAUUGGAUGUGUGGUACCUCAUAUACUGUAUGGGACGCAGUUGAUGGACGUACAUUUGGACUCGCAUCGAGCUGAAGCUGCGCCCGUGUGCAAUGACAAUUCGUCGACAGCUUGCGAUGCAGCUUAUAUGAAAAGUACUGCUGCUCGAUCCUCUAUAACAGCGGUAGUGAUUCCCUGGCUCUUCGUGUGUCUCCUGGUGGUUGGAGUGGGCCAGACUGGGAUAGCAACGCUUGGCAUACCCUAUGUUGAUGACAACGUCGGCAGCAGACAAUCUCCUCUGUAUAUGGCAAUAACGAUUGGGAUCAGAGUAAUUGGACCGGCGCUUGGAUUUCUACUCGGGGCUUUGUGUACGAGAGUAUACGUAGACCCACUUCAAGACCCUGGAUACGAAUAUGAUGAUCCGAGAUGGGUUGGAGCUUGGUGGCUUGGUAUGGUGUUCAUAGCAGGAUUUGUUGUGAUCCUCUCCUCUCUGAUGUUCUGUUUCCCGAAGCAAAUACGACAGAGUCCUCUACCACCGCCUCCCAAGAAGAUUAAAGAGAAGAAUGAGCCGUUGUUUAAAGAUUUCUUUGCGACGAUCAAACGUCAGUUGACAAAUGACAUCCUAAUGUGGAGGACAGCCAGUUCGGUUCUCCAUCUGAUGCCCAUAAGUGGAGUCUACUCAUUCCUGCCCAAAUACCUGGAGAAGCAGUUCAGACUGCCCACGCACGAUGCCAACCUUGUUUCGGGUCUUGGCGGUAUUCUGGUGAUGGGUUUAGGUAUUAUCACCUCCGGAGUGGUUAUACUAAAGCUGGUCCCGAGUGCGAGACAAGUUGCCGCCUGGACAGCUGCAACUGCUGCCAUCUAUAGCGCUGGUAUGAUACUGCUUAUGUUUGUGAGUUGUCCCGAAGAAUCCUUUAGAGUGUUGAGUACGACAAACAACAACCUCACUUGUAGUGUUGGCUGUCAUUGCGAGAAUUCCUCAUAUAGUCCUGUUUGUGGGCAGGAUUCAUACACAUACAUGUCUCCGUGUCAAGCUGGUUGUCAAAGUAGCAAACAACUAGACAACAAUACUUGGUACUACAGUGACUGCGAAUGUGUUAAUAACAACACUAUCGGCGAUAAGGCUUACAAAAUUUUGGAACGAUACGAUGCAGUAAACGUGACGUAUGAGGACAUAUCGAACGGCGGAUUUGCCGUGAGCGGCGAAUGUGGCGGUUCCUGCAACCAGAUCUAUUUAUUCAUAGCGAUAUUUGCGGCCAUUAUGUUCGUACACGCCAGUGGUGAAGUCGGGGCUGUGUUAUUAAUUAUACGCUGUACGGAUAAACAUGAUAAGGCCAUGGCGAUGGGGGUGAUACAGUUCGCUAUUGGAGUGUUUGGGAAUGUCCCGUGCCCCAUAGUGUUUGGGGCGGCAGUGGACGCGGCCUGUCGGUUGCGGGACGUCGCUUGCGGCGUACUUGGCGGAUGCGUGUCGUAUGACAGUGACAGCUUGAGGCAUUUCUUCCUGGGUCUCUCAUCUGGUCUGAUGUUCCUAGCGUUUAUAAUGGAUAUGCUAGUAUGGAGCCGGGCGGGACGAAUCGACAUGAACCCUGGAGAAAGACAAGAUACACCACAAGACGCGCCACUCGCGCCUAACCCUGACACACAACUCUGACGUACAUCGACAAUGUACGAGGACUCCGUGUGAAUAUAAAAAUACUAAUAGUUGGCACUGCUAUAUUUACGGUAACACAAGGAUGUUUUGACAAAUGAAUUAUGAUGGGUUAUGCAAUGAACUGUAGAAUGUUAGAAAUAAGGUUUUAUAUAUUCA